UCUGCAGAGGGCUGACAAAGUUUACGCGAGGAGGACAGAAAGAAGGGAAGGCGCGGUCGGAGGGCUCGCAGCAAAUCUCCAUUCGGGCUGUUGUUUUUUUUGGAGGGGGGGGGGAGGUGUGUGAUUUAUGAUAUGGAUGCUUUAAAAUCAGCAGGACGAGCGAUCAUAAGGAGUCCCAGCAUUGCGAAACAAAGCUGGGGAAGUGGUAAACACAAAAAAUUGCCAGAAAACUGGACAGAUACAAGAGAAACACUCCAGGAAGGAGUGAUAUUUAAUCUCAAGUAUCUGGGCAUGACUCUAGUGGAAGAACCAAAGGGGGAAGAUAUGUCUUCUGCUGCUGUCCGAAGAAUAGUCGCUAUGGCUAAAGCAAGUGGGAAGAAAUUUCAGAAAGUGGUGUUGACUGUGUCACCGCGAGGAAUAAUCCUACACGAUGGGACGAGUAAUGAAUUAAUAGAAAACGUCUCCAUCUACAGGAUAUCCUAUUGUACAGCUGACAAAGUACAUGAUAAAGUUUUUGCCUACAUUGCUCAGAGCCAGUUGAAUGAGACAUUAGAAUGUCAUGCCUUCCUGUGUACAAAGAAAAAACUGGCUCAGGCAGUGACAUUAACUGUGGCCCAAGCUUUCAAAAUUGCUUUUGAAUUCUGGCAAGCCGCCAAAGAAGAGAAAGAGAAAAGAGCAGCAGUUGGGUCAUCUGUCAGUGAAGCAGCUGAUAAACCUCCAUUGGAAAGAUCAACCAAUAACCACUCCAAAACAGAAGUAGCUACAGCAGAUUUGUUGGAUUUAACAGAAGGAGCCAAACCAGCAAACCACAGAAGUGAGCUCUCUGAUGCAGAUAAAAAAUACUCGGUCAAUGACAACCUUGUGUGGGAAAUGAAUGAUGAUCUGGAUGAAGCUUUUGCAAGGUUGGCUCAAUCUCGAACAAACCCUCAGUUUCUGGACAUUGGUGUGAGCCCCCAGGACAUGCAGACAGAAGAAUGUUUAUCUCCAUCAGACUGGGAGAAAAGUGAUGCUGGGGUCACAGAAAAAGAUGACCUGUUUGGCCUCUGAUACCUUAGUGACCAUGGAAAAUAAACAGCUUGUCCCUGAAGAGGAACUGACCACCCUGAAACUGAACUCGGCACCUUCUAGCAGUAAGAUGGAAUACUUGAAAGCUGGCUUAUGAAAGGAACUUUUGAUCUGAGUGGCUGUGUUGCUGCAGGACUGAAACAGAGGAUUGAUGAUGCCAACACUUACGGUGCUCCCUUUAAGGAGGUUCAGACCAAAGGAAUCAAAAGACCUUGAAAUGAAACCAUUUAGACUUGCAGAACUUGCCUGUGACACAUCCCAGCCUAGGAUGGCUGUUAACUAGGCUGUGAGCUUGCCUAUUCAUUUGAAAAGUUACCGGUGAAAAUAAAUCCCUGAAAAGACCACAGAUUUAUAUCCAUGUAGAUAAUGGAUUUGCAGUGAAUGUUAAUCAAUUAUAAAAUGCCUUUUUCCAAUAAUUAUUCUUACUAAAUGAAUGAGCAUCUUAUUUUAUUUUUGGCACUUGCAUUGUUCACCUCAACCACUAAAGUAGGACAGAUUAAAACGAUGUAACUUUUUGUAACUUUUUCAAAUGUAAACAUUGUUAUUUCAAAUGUUUGGAAAAGCAAGAAAAAUCAGAAAAAAAUGCAGAUGCUGGAAAUCUGAAAUUAAAAAUUAGAAAAUGUUGGAGAAACAGGAGGUCGGGCAGCAUCUGUGGAAAGAGAAACAGUUGCCGUUUCUGCCUCCACAGACUCCCAUAGUUAUUUUGACUACUUCUUCCCACUCUCUCUCCUCUGUCCCCAUUGUAUCAGCUCAGGUCAUAAGACUUUCCAUAUAGGUCUUCCUUCCUAGCUUCCCCUCUGCCAUGGACGACGGAGCCCAUCACCACAUUUCAUCUAUUUCCCACACCUCUGCUCUCACUUCCUAUCCUCCCGGACAGAGCAAAGGAGGAGUUUCCCUGGUCCUCAGUUUCCUCCCCACGAGCCUCUGCAUUCAACUGAUCUUCCUUUGCAAUUUCCACCACCUUAAACGACACACAUUUCCCCUCCCCUUUCAGCAUUCUGAAGUGACCAUUCCCUUUGUGGACUGUCUGUGGAUUCUAUCUUCCCAGGGCGACAAAGGCUAACAUGAGGGGACAUAAUUUUAAAGUGAUUGAAGGAUGGUAUAAGGGGGAAUGUCAGGGGUAAGUCCUUUUUUUUUACACAGUGGUGGGUGUGUGGAAUGCACUACCUGCAGAAGUUGUGGGGGCAGAUACAUUAGGGACACUUAAGAGACUCUUAGACAUAUGAAUGAUAGAGAAAUGGGGGGGGUGAUGUGGGAGGGAAGGAUUAGAUAGAUCUUAGAGCAGGAUAAAAUGUUGGCACAAUAUUGUAGGCUGAAGGGCCUGUACUGUGCUGUAAUGUUCUAUAUUCCUGCACCAACCAUUUUCCCAUACAAUCAUACACUUAUCCUUUUACCUCUUGCCUCUCCAUCACCCAAGGACACAAGCAGUCAUUCCAAGGGAAGCAGCAAUUUUGCUUGUACUUUCAAAAUAGUCUGUUGCAUUUGGUGCUCAAAAUGUGGUGCCCUUUACAUUGGAGAAACCACACUUGGAUCGUGGUGCACCUGUGUUCAGUAUGCAGCAAUAAUCUUGAGUUUCCUAUUGCCUACCACAUUAACUCUCCUUCCUGCUCCCACUCUGACUUGCUUGUCUUUGGCCUCCUGCACUGUUUUAACAAGGCCCAAAAUAAACUUGGGGAACAGCACCUCGUCUUUCAUCUGGGCACAUUGCAGCCUUCUGCAGUAGAUAUUGAAUUCUGCAACUUCAGGUAACUAUUUCUUUUGUAUUAGAACUGGUGAAUCUGCUGUAGGUCAUCAAUCUGUAAUAUUGGCUCAUUUAUUCUCUUUGUAUCAGGACUGUGAUCUGCUAGGACUUUUGUACAACUUUACAUUUUUAUAGUUGUUAUGAAAAUUUCUUUGUGCUUUUUCUAAACAUUCUCAUUAACCUAUCAACCCAAUGACUUCAUCUACCACAUAACAUCGUGGCAGUCCUGGCCUCAACCUAUCAGAGAUUCCUUUUGUCCUAUCCUUCCUUCCCCCACUCCCUCAGCAACUUCAAACUGAUCUUCACUCUUUCUCAGUUCUGCAAAGAGUCUUCAACCUGAAAAGUUAAUUCUGUUUCUCUUUCCACAUGCUGCCUCUCCUGCUGACUGUUUCCAGAAUGUUCUGUUUUUGUAACGGUAUUUAGUCUCUUCCUUUGUGUGUUAAUAUAGCUAAUGUAUUAUUAUAAUGCACAAUGUUAUUAAAGCAUUUCAUUCCCAUUA